AUGUCACGCACUUCGCCCGUGGUAAUCUCGCCGUACCCGCCGCGCUAUAAAAACCGUUUUGAUUCACACUUGAUAAAGAACAGAAUCCCCAAAUUCUCUCGCAAAGAGAUUCACAAUUCGGACGCACAACAACAUCUACCUUUUCCCUUCCUUCCUCUUUUCUGGAGAUUAUUCCGGAUAACUGAGUUCCUAAUUGAACUCGCCGAUUCCAUCUCAGCCAUGUCGGUCCACUUCAAAUUCAGAAGCUCGCGCAAUUACGAUUCGGUCGACAUUGGAGGCCAGCCUUCGAUUUCCGUUCGUGAUCUCAAAUCCAGUAUCGUCCAAAACAAGAAACUUAAUCUUUGCCAAGAUUUCGAUCUUCUCUUCUCCGAUCCUAUCUCCGGUCAAGCGUACGUGCAUGAAGAUUUUCAAAUUCCUUGUGGCUCGAGUGUGAUCAUAAAGAGAGUUCCUGCAGGGGCACACUUAGGCUCAUGCAAAGUUUUUUCUACCCCGGAUGAGAAAAUGAGCAAAACCUCUCAUCUUCAGAAUACUGAAACUGUCAACUUUGAUGACUUCGGGGCAGAAAUAUGCCCUGUAACUGAGGGCAACUUAUCUUGCAAUAUUGAGUUCAGAUUUUGUAUUGAUGAUGAGGACACUCAUUUCAAAUUAAAAAGUUGCACCAAGCAACCUGUGGUAGAAUGUCAAAAAAUUGAAGGGAGUGACAUAAGUGAGGCUGUUCCACAAGGUCAGAUUAUUCCAGGAACAAAAUCAAAAGCAGAUAUUGAGUUGAAUGCUAAACUUUCUACGAAAGAGCUUUGUCACUUGCACCCUCAUUUUCCAGCAAUGCAACCUUCUGAUUUUCCGUCAGAGCUGAAAUGCUCUCUUUGCGGCACAUUUUUUAAGGAGGCUGUACUGAUACCUUGCUGCCAGCACAGUUUCUGUGAGAAAUGCAUUCGUCAUGUGCUGGUUGAGAAGGCAAGGUGUCCCAAAUGCUUUUCUACAAAAUACAAAGUGGAAGAUUUGUUGCCAAAUCUGUCACUGAGGCAAGCCACUGAGCGAUUCCUGAAGUCCCAAAUUGUUGUUAGCAAUUCAGAAAAUGCUUUAGGUAGAUAUGCUCCAGAUGGAGAAUCUGGAAUUCAAGUGAAAGAUGUUUCUUGUGCCGUUUCUGUCAUUCAAAGAGGAACAAAGCGGGGCUCCAAUCAGGUGCAUGCUGAAUCGAUAGGUGGCACUAGUUCUCAUGUCAAUGGUAAUCGUUUUCUCAAAGAUAAAAUCUCUAAAAUGCCUGCGCACAAACUACCUGAGGAUCUGGAAGGUUUUGAUGAUUUCCAGGGGGAAAACCAGCCCACUGAUGAGGAAGCUGAAUCCUAUGUCAAGAAGAAGAGGACACUGUGGGUUGACACUGCAGAUGCAGAGAUGAAUUAUGUGGAGAUGGCAAGACUAAAAAAGGGGGACCGUGCUUGCUACAUGUGUGGUUCACCUGGUCAUUUGAGGAGAGAUUGCCCGGCUGUUUCUAGUCCUCAUCCUAUGCUUCAAAGAGGAAAUGCCGUCUUUCCAGGAGCACUGCCUGCUUAUGUAUCACCAUAUUGGAAUGGGCAAUACUGUCCCCCUAUAAGGCCUUUUGCAAACCCAUAUAACCCAUCUGGAAUGAUGUCCUUUAACGCAACAGUGAUUCCUGCUGCACCGUUUCAUGUUCCCACGUAUAUGCCAUCUAUGUUUGGUGCAUCACCUGCCUUUGGGGGAUUUACAAGGAUUGGAGGCUUAGAUGCUGCAAUGAAGAAAACUAUAGAUCACCAAUUAUGUCCUUCAGGGUUGGAUGGUCAAUAUUAUGAUAAGAAACACCAGAAUACAAGUGAGAAUGUCAUGAGGAAGCUACUCUAUGAUGAGAAUGAUGGUAAAAGAUGCCGCUAUGAUGAGGCAGAAAGAGCAUAUCACAAAAAAAUUUAUCCUCAGAGGGGAAGGACUGCAAGCUACUCUGAAGACAGCUUUAACAAAAAUUCACUGAUGAAAAAUUGGAAUUCCCAUAUUGUCGAUGAUGAAGAUGUUUAUUCUGAUGAUGGAAGGGACGAUAGCAGUUCUCAAGUUGCUGGUCAAAAUCUAAAGCCCUAUCAUCACUCAGGGAGAUCAAGAUCAAAAGAUGAUGAUAUACCCAGUAUCUCCAGCUGUCAGUCUUGGGAGAGGCAUAAUAAGCAUGGUCAUAGGAGCUCCAAAAAGCGCAAUGAUCGAAGAGAUCACUGUUACAGUGAUUCUACUUGGACCUACUACCCAACGAAUAGAGAGAGAGAUUCUAAAAGAAAAACAGUUAAGCAUGAUGCUCAGAAACACUACAAUCAUUCUGAAUCCAGCUCGGAACCACCAUAUCAUUCCACUGACCAGAAAAAGAAACGAGAGAAAGAUUCUAGCCGAAGUUCCAGGCAUUCUAAGCAUAAAGCAAAACCAGCUCGUGAUGAAUUGAUUCAUGAUAGGUGGCAGAUGAGUAGCGGCAGGUCAGAUGAAGAUAAUCAAGAGAAGUGUCACUAUCAUAAAAGAAAAAGGUGUACUAAAACAAGCAACAAGUCUGAUGUUUGAGGUAAAUGUGUAUAUGAAGUUACAUAUCAGGAAGUAGUUGGGUAAAUAUGGUACUAGUUUCCUUUCCAGUGAGGUAAAUGUAUUGACUUGGUUUACUACUUGUUCCAUUAUAUUGCUUUUCUUUUAUCUGGAUAGAGUAACGGUUCAAGAUUGCACCGACUGAACAUAGGGGAUGUUCGGUAUCUAAUUUUGAUUCUCUGUUGUUUUUGUUGACACAGAUAUAGUUGAGUGGUCGGCUUUUGGACAGUAGCUUCAUGGAUUAUUAUUAUUAAUUUUUUCUAAGCAUCUUUCUUCUAACCAUGUUUCAAUUUGUAGCUUUUGCGGUGGAGGCAAGAAAUAGUAAAGUUUUGAUCAGAGGAGCCAUUGCGUAAGUUAAAUUUUAGGUUCGUUUGCUAUUCAGAAAAUGAUGAAGCUGGUAAAGGUAUGUUUCCUUUUCCAAGAAGGAAUAUAAAAGGUGAGGUGUUCGUGGCUUGACUCAAGUCUAUUUAUUUCUCCUAAUACAACCCGACCCAAAAUGUGAAUUUCAAAUCCAUUUAAAUUCACUCGUAUCUGCAAAUAGUAAUUUUAUUUUUUUUAAAGUUAAAAAACUUUUAUUUUAGUCUUUGAUAAUUAUAUUUUCAAUAUAGUUUACAUUUUAAGAUUUACAUUAUAAUAUUGAAUAUUGAUUGAAUAUUUUCAUGCUCUAAAUUACAUAUGCUAAAUAAAAAUAAUAUAUUAAAUAAUUGAAAAUUGGGUCGGGUUGAGACUUGAAUGCAGUCAAGGUUUGUCAUUUUUCAGGACGACAUUUUUGUUAAAAGAUUUUCAAAUAUUGGGCUUGGUGGUAGAUUAGUCUUUUUAACAAAUCUACCUGGCCAACUAACUAAUUUUUCUUAGUUUUACACUUUUAUUAAAUAUUACUAAUGCUUUAUCUAGUUAUCGGCAUAAUUUCUUGAGGCGGUUUUUCGUCACAAUCUUAUUUGUUAAAUGAGUAAAAGAUUUCAGCUUUUGUAAUUAAUCGUGAUUUGGUAACCUAAUAGAGAAAAGAAAAGAACACAAGAAUAAUGAGCUUUCAUUGUUUAAAAGUUGGCUUUGGGGGAAAUGAUUUUUUUACCCUCGUAUCUAAUCUAGAUGUUUGUGGUUUGGGUUUUGACCCAUUUGAAAACCCGUUUUAUCAUUGAAAAUAAUGUCAAAAAUUUUGAAAGUUGUAUCAAUAUUUUAUAUUUUAAAAUUAAAUAGGUUUUUUUCCUAAAUAAUUUUAUAUUUUGACUAACUAACCUAACCCUAAUUCAGCCAUAAUAAGAGAUCUUUUUACUUGAUUUGUGCACGGGCAGGUUUUUUCAGCAAUCUCGUGUUAGUGGCUAAUUGGAGGAUAACGAUGAUAUAAUUCCAUUAAAGAAAACAGCAAAACGCCGGAGUAUUAUUCUCGCAAAUUGUUUUAGUAAAUGAGCUAAUAUAAAUUAAUUUAAAUUUGAUCAAUUUUAUCUUAGUCAACAUCUUUUGAUUGCUAACAUGAAUUAAUUUAAAUUGUUCCUUUUAACCACUCGACUACUUUGUAGCAAAGGAAAGGAAAAUUUUUAUUAAUUUUAAGCAAAUUCUAUUUUUUUAUUAAAAAAUUUCCCUUUUUUCUAAUUUAAAAUUUAAUUUAAUACUUAUUUUUUUGUUUUUAAUUUUAUAUUUUAUCUUAAUGUUAUGAUAAAUUAUUAUAAUACCAGUAUGUAAAACAUGUUAUUUGUUACCAUUUUAUUUUUGUGGGCCACUUUCGUUACAUGGGCGAUACGGUUCAUAGUGAUGUUGAUAGGAUGUUGUACUCUGGGAAACUGAUUCUAGGGUUGCGUUUCAAGCAGUGGGUUCAAAAAUUCGCUCUAUCCCUUACUUUUUAUUGUUGUUUCCUUGACUUCUCCAUGUCGUCAGUGUAAACUUACCGAAAGUUGCGGGCCUGUGGGCUACUUUUAGAUUUUAAAAUUAUUUCUAUAAUUAGAAAUUCUUUCACAUAAAUUGCAUAUUUGUAUUAUAGUAAUUUUUGAAUUUGGUGUCAUGAAUUAAUUCAACAUCGAUUUAUCAAAGAAACUAUUAUUUAAUUUGUGACUGAUUCAAUUAGGAAAAUUAUUAAAAUUAUCUUUUAAGUAAUUAAUAUACCUUUUUUAGAAAUAAGGAAUUUUAUUAUGAUACUAUGUCUUUCAUUAUUUUUAUAUGAAAUAUAUAAAUAAAAUAGCUAUAAAUAGAAAGGUUGGAAUAACCAAAGGAUAAUGAAAUUUUAUUCGUAAGUCUCUUAAUCAUAAUAUCUUUAAUUCAAUCGUUGAAUAAGUAUUUUAUAAAUAUAUUUAUUAUAUAGAGUUGUUUUUUCCUCGUAUAAUGAAUGAUUGUUGUGUAUCGCAUUGACCUCUUUUGUAGAUAAUAACUCUAAAGUGCAGGGUCAUUGAUCAGCAAAUGACAACGUUGGAAAGAUUUCUGGCUUUCCUUGGUUAUUUUUUUCAGUUUGGUUUUCUCGAUGCUUGUUCUAUCAUCAACCUAAUUUAAAUAAGUGAUGGAUUUAUAAUCCCUGUUUAUCAACCCGAAAACCGUUAGUUUAAAAUUUGUCUCUAUGUUUUGUUCUUUUUAUUUGAACGACUACUAGACUUCAACAAGUAAAGAAAGCUUAAAAUGUACAUGGUUCUUAAUAAAAUCGAGCAAAAAUUCUAAAAUUCUCUAUCACGCGCUGGUUCAACAUUAAGAGCAGAGAUAAGGGAAGGAGCCAGGGAGGUCGUUUCUAAGCUUCAACAACGGAUGGUUUCUGCGCUGCUGCUGGUUCCGUACGUUGACUGUUUUGUUCCUGUUCCGAGUGUGUUAACUUGAUUAGAGAGUAAGUAACGAUCUAAUACUAAUAUGAAUAUUUUAACAUUUACUUCUAUUGUGAUUUGAAGAACUUUAUUAUCAUGUGAAUAUGCAUAUGCAUUUCUAAAGUUGACUCUUUAAUUUAAAGGAAAAAUUAAAUUGAUUUUUAUUAAGUUAGAAGAUUAAAAAAAUCAUUAUGUCUUUUUAAAAGCAUUGUCAUACUGACGUGAUAAGAUUUCAAUAAAGUUGUAGUAUAGUGAUAAGUAUUCUUGCCUGUCAUUCGGGAGACCCAGGUUUGAUCCCUAGAAACAAUGUAUAUUUUCUAUUUGUUUCCGCUUUGUUCUAUUUGGGGUGCCUUCCAACUAGGAAACAACUUGUCAGGUUCGACCAUAGAAAAGGAGAGUUGUCCAGCGAAUCUUGGGGGGCUUCGCCUCAGGAUGACCGAUACGUUGUCCUUUGUUGACUCUUUUGCCCACCAUGUCUGCAUUUAAUGUUUCAACUCUCAGAGAAAGUGUAGAACUCUAUCUCGAGAAAGUUAACAACAUGGGCCUUUAUACCGUCAGUCAUACUGAAUGAAUCCUUGUGUUAUAAGCUCUUUUAUGACCUUGCAGUAGGUAUGGUUGUCUUGUUGCACUCUUGUAAGAGUUUAGACCUCAUACUCAAGACUCAAGAGACACAUCGCUCCUGUUUUUCACAUUUAUGGAUGCAGUGAUGCUUUUUUUUUGCUUUUAA